UCAACAAGGUGACAGAAGAUCGUUUGGCAAUCAAAACAAGUAAAAUUGGAUAAAAUUUUGUGUAUUAUCGUAACUAAAUGUGAACUGUAAGUUAUAAAUAACGUUAAUUUGAAAUAAUUUCGACGAUCGAAAGGGUUUUUUUUUUAUCAAUUUGUAAACUUAAAAAUCUCUCUCGGCUGUAUUUUUAGACUAGGCUUAAAAGGGCGAAGCAGUGUCAAGUUUUAAUUGUAAUAACGUCUUCCGUAUUGUUAUAACAAGUGUUAAAGUGUUAAAGUGAAAUUGCAUUGUUUUUACGUCGAGUCAUUUAAUUAUUUUGUUUAUAUAAGAAGUAUAGAGGUGCCAAUCCUAAUGAUCAGCUGUUUAUGUCGUCUGCUGACAUCUUUGAUGUUUUCAGAUUCAUUUUUAUCAUUUCCCAAAGUCUGGAAAAGAAAUAGAAAAAUUUUGACACAUCCAAGAAGUAUUCUCAAGAACUUUAUAAUAUUAUAAACUUUUCGUAUUGGAGAAAUAAACUUUUCUUUCUUUAAAUAUCAAUUUUUAUUUAAAAAUAAAAAAACAAAAAAACCAUGAAACUCUUGGAAAGUAGUCGAUUCGAAGCUAUUAAUUCUGCCCUGUGCUUUGAAACUGGUGAUUGUAAAAUUAUUGGCAGAAUUGAAAGUUAUUCCUGUAAAAUGGCUGGAGGAGAUAAAAGAUUAUUUAAAACAAUGAAUGCUGAAGCUGGUACUAGUCCUCAUGAUUUGCAAGCACUCUCUCCUCCUCAGUGUGUAUUGAAUAUCCACAGUCCAAGUAAAAAUUACAGCCAUAGUCAAAGUGACGAUGGUGAAGGUCAUGGGCCUUUGUGUGAUACCAUAAGUCGAAAGACUCUAUUCUAUUUGAUUGCAACACUUAAUGCAUCUUUCCACCCAGAUUAUGAUUUCAGUCAGGCUAAAAGUGAAGAAUUCAGCAAAGAACCAAGUUUAACUUGGGCAAUGAAUUCAAUUGACAGCAAUCUGUUUGCUACAGCUAAUCAAUCGUACAGUGCACUGAGACACCAGCUCUGGGCUGCCGUAGACAGUGAAAUUUGCCUGUCCGAAUGUGACAUAUACAGUUACAAUCCUGAUUUGGAUUCAGAUCCAUAUGGAGAAGAUGGAUGCUUGUGGUCUUUUAAUUACUUUUUCUACAAUAAAAAAUUAAAACGAAUAGUAUUUUUUACUUGCAGAGCUGUUAGUUUGAAUAGCAUGGAAUAUUGUGGAACUGAUUCUGGAAUUGGACAAGAAUUAAGUAUGGAUAUGGAUGAAGAAACAGACAUGCCUCCUAAGGAACAAAUGGCAUUAGUAUACUGAAGAAUUGCAUUUGAUUCUGAUUGAAGCUCUCUCUCUACAUAUUGAUUUUCAGCAUUCAUUGUAUAGUAUCAUAAUAUCAUUGUAUAGAGUAUUUCAAUCUGUUUUUAAACUUUAUUUUCUUAGAAAAAAAGUUUAAUAUUAGUUUCUACCAAAAAAAAUACUAUUUCACAUUUUAAUCAAAAGACAUUUUAAAAUUUUAAGCAUUAAAAAUGCCAAAAUGUAUUAAAUUUAUUUUUAAUCAAACUUUAGUAAUUAGAUUUUUUGUUAAUAGUUAUUUAAAAUUGAAAAAACAGUCAUAUUAUUGCAUAUCUAUGUAUACAUAUACACUAAUUGUAUAGAACAAUGUUUCUAAACCUUUGUCCGAGACCAGCAAACUUUUGUAAAUUUUUACUUUAGAUAUUGCAUGACUAGCCCAAUAACAAUGAUAUAAUUUAUCUUCAAGAAAAAUAUACUGAAAUUAGAUUGCUUUAGAUUUAUCUUUCAAAUAAAGUGGAAAUGAUAAUUUCAGUUUUAUGCUGGUCCUUUGCUUAGUAGUUCAGAAACACUGAUAUAGAGAAUUAGAUUUAAAAGAUUUUUCAUAAAAUGAAAAAUAAAUUAACACUACUUAAGAAUUUUAAUUUUAAAUAAUCUCAGAAAACUAACUAACUCUAUGCAAUUUAUUUAACAUACUAAUCUAUACUCUAAAAUGUUAGGUUUGAUUUCAUAUUACUAUACAUUUAAAAAUUUAUCAUAAACAUUCAAAUAUUUAUUCAUAGUGUAAAAAUCAUUUAUCUGAUACAUAGAAAUAUUAUUUGUAAUGGAUUGUUUAUAUGUUUUAAUAUAUUUAUAUAAUAAUCAGCAGAAUUUAUUAGAAGAAUAUAAUAAAAUACAAAUUUUCUGCUUUUGUUUCAAGCUUUUUUUUCCAUCGUGAAAAUAAUGUUUAUAAUUAUCAAAUCUGCAAUUUAGUCAGCCUUCCGAGGCAUCAUUGAUCUCACCAAACUGCACCAGUUGUGUCGAACACUCCUCCUUCGAAUGUUUAAAAUCUCAGUAAGACAAACCAGUUUGGAGACAUUUUAAUUAGUGCCUAUUUUAACAAUCAUUAUCCUCACCUAUUCAAUAUCCAUGAAUUUUAUAUAUUGCUUCUCUAUGUUGUACAAUUUGCUGUAAGCUGUUAACAUGAACAGAGUACAAAAUAUCAUUGAUGUCUUAGAUUGUUGUAUUCCAUCUGUAUUUUCUGUUUUAAAUAAUAGUUUUAAUUGUGGAAAAUAACACCUUUGUACGUUAAUGUAUCUAUUUUGACUUGUUGAUUCUUAAAUAAAUUACACAAUUAUAAUUCAAUAAUUUUUGUAAGUGAAUUUAAUUCUUGAUUCUUUUAUAUAUAGAUUUUACAGCGAAUCAUUUUAUUCUAUUUAUUUAUCAACAUGAAAAAGAUGAUCUUCA